AUGGCCAAGUCAAAGAACCACACAAACCAGAACCAGAGCAAAAAAGCCCACAGGAACGGAAUCUACAAGCCAAAGUCCUGGCAACUGCUUCCAACCAGAGGAGUCCCAGCAGCUGCGCUCAAGAAAACCAGAGAAGAAAACAUGCGUCUGCACGGCGUUGGAAAGAAGUCCCAGAUGACUUUCGAAGAAAGGUAUGCGAAAGAGCUUGAGAACCCAGCCAUCAGCAAGCGAAGAAUGAUCAAGCGAAUUGGCAUUAGAAAGAUGGCACUCAACGGAGUCUACUUAUAA